ACACACAAAAAUAUUAUUUUUUUUAUUUAUUAUUAAAAAGAUUUCGAGAUAAUUCUGAUAUAUUUAUGUGCUAAAAAUAUUAUGUAUUUUUCUGAAACCCUGAUUUUUCUCCAUUGAAAAGUUUUUCACUUUAAAUCUUUGUGAUGCUCCUCUCUUUUAAUUUCUCUGUGGGGCGGGUUCAUCUUUUCCAACACUUUUGUCGGUUGGGGAUUAGGAAGAGGAAGGAGAAGCAAAGCAGCAAUGGCAGGUGGACUUGCAAUUGGAUUUAGACCACCAUUAAAGCACGCAGUAGUAGGAGUGAAAGUCCUCAAUCACCAAAAAGUCUUUAGCCCUUUGGCUUUUUCAUCAUCAUCUUCAUCUUCUUCUUCAACGUCAAGAAAGCUAAUACUGUAUUCGAAACCUGGUUGCUGUUUGUGUGAUGGCCUCAAAGAAAAACUCAAUGCUGCUUUCUGUUUGUCCACUCCUCAUUCUCUCCACGACGUUCAAUUACAGGUUAGAGAUAUAACUAGCAAUCCUGAUUGGGAGAAGGCCUAUCAAUAUGAAAUACCCGUGUUGGCUAGAGUUCGUUCUGAUGGCACUGAGGAGGUACUUCCUAGAUUAUCUCCUCGUAUUGGUGUUGAGGCCAUCCACAAGAAGAUUGCAGCCGCAUUGACUAAAUGAACUUUCUCUCUACAGCAAAUUUGAAGCGAGUCUUUGCUGAUGUCGUUAGAGUGAUAAUAUGGAGAACUGUCUUCUUCUUCCUCUCCCUUUUUCAUGGAAAGCUGUGCAUCUUGCAAUCGUAACACCACCCUUUGAGACUAUGGUGGACAUAAUAUAGUUUUACUGUGUAACACGCCAUAAGAUACUACGAACUAUGAAAAUACCAAUGAGUAAAACUAGAUAUUUAUACAUUUUAGCGGUAAUGAAUUUGUAUGGUACUAAAUAGAAAGCUUGUCGUUUUAGCUCCA